AUGUCAAAAACUUGUGAUCCUGGUUUAUUUUGGACUUAUGUAGACGUUGACACUGAUAAAAUCAGUGGCAGCCAUUAUAUGGAUGCAUGCAAUACAAGAGUAACUCUCACAAAAAAUGAUAAUACACCUAACAAUGAAUACAAAGAGUAUCUACACCAAGUUCCACAAGGUGGAUAUUAUUUGGGUGGGAUUUAUCACAAUAACAAACUCCUACUAGGAUUCCAAAAACUUAAUUAUUACAAGGAUGUCAAAGUAUAUUAUCUUCGUUAUGAUACUAAUAAUUUGGCACCAGUACUAAUUGGAAUUACUAAAGAUGAGACUAAGUAUGAUUACUAUAAGUAUAAUAGCAUAAAGCCAUCCGAAAAAUGGGAAAGAGAAUACAGUAUAGAAUCUAGUGGAAAUAAUCUCGGGCAAAAACUUAAUGAAAUAACUAGCACCUACGCGAAAAUAGUAAUUCUAAACCUUAAUAAAACUCAAAAUAAUGACAAGUAUGAAGUUGAUGGAAAUGAUAUACCUACCAAUUCAUACGCUUGUAUGAGUGUAACUUCUACAGUCAUUCACGGCGUUUAUAAAAAGUGUACACAUAGUUACGAGCAUCUAAAAAUACGAGUUAUUUCUACAAAGUAUAGGGGCGAAUACAUACCGUUUGAUGAGUCACCAGCUGAUACAAUGUGCAGGUGUGUAAACGUCUACUAUUGGAUUCACGAUCAUGGUCACGCAAGUCCCUUUAUUCUUGAAUUCGAAUCUGAGUCCAAACCAGUUUACUACAAGUUAGAUGGUGUAUAUGAUGGGCGAAAAGUCAGCGGAAAAGUCAAACAGUGGAAGCUUGACAAUCGGGUAACAACUGAGAAUCUCAAAGAGGAACUGGAUACUCUAAACUGCGACAUAAACAGGGCACAUAGGAUAGACAUAUCCGUAAACAAGGACCAAGCAGUCACUUUCUGUACGUCAUGCUCAGCAAAGACAACAGCGGUCUAUCUAAGAUCUGAAAAUGUAAAGAACAUUUACAGGGCAUCAACUCACACUUUAGAAGAUACUCAUGAACAUAUUGGUCAACUUACUUACAAAUCGGAAAUUCUGGAAGGAAUCGAUUAUGUAACUGGUGCUAACACAGUUACCAUAAUUCGCCAUCCUGUGAGCAAUUCCGACCCUAGCCUAUUAAACUACGCUGGUAAAUGGUACAGAAAGGGACAAGAUAAUAAGAAUAGGUGGGAUGUUAUAGUAGGUGCAGAUAAUGUAAACGUAGAUGAUGCGGAUGGGAUAAUCACUCUUUUAGAAAAUAAAGUUCCCGUGCCUGGCCUACCACCUCAACCUACUCCACCCAGUCAUAAAGAUAGCAGUGGCACUAGAGAUUCUACCAGUGACGAUUCACACAUUAAUAUCCAUGAAACGAAGCAAAAGGUCCGAGAACAUGAGUCUGGAAAGAGUGGACCUCCCAUUGUUGGCAUAGUAGUCGGAGCAGUCAUAGGAUUAGCCCUUGCAUGUUUUGUCGUCCAUGAAGGCUUUAUGCUACGCAGGAACCCAGAAAAGAGUUUCAUAGUAAGACUGAGAAAUAGAUUCAACCAGUUCAGCUACCUUGUUCUCCAAAGGGAAUAA